UCUGCUGCUUUAAUGUGGAUUGCAAAGAGUCGAUUGGGUUGGAAGAGUCUAAAUUCGAAGAUCAAAAUCUCUUGACAGCGUCUAGCGAUCCUGCAAUACAGGAAUAUCUCCAGCAGAUGGCGGAACACGAUAAAAUCGAAUGGGAUCAUCUCGGAGUUGAUUAUGAAAUCGUACAGUUUGAUAUUCCGGAAGAUACGAAUGCCACAGCGACAGGACCGUAUGUUGUACCACAUGGUGAUUCUUGUCGUGGCGAUGAAAAUACACAAUGCUGGGCACGUGAUUGGUUACCAGUGGAUUGUGCGCAUUUACGUGUGUUAGGAGUGAAUUAUUCCACGACAUUAUCAUUGUGGGCUCAUAUGUGCCCCGAAAUUGCGAAUAAUGUCACAUUGGAAGAUCGUAGCACUGAAUUAAUGUCCGAAUUAGUUGAUGCUGGUGUAGGUAAACGUCCAAUUGUUUGGGUGGCGCACUCUAUGGGCGGAUUAUUAGUGAAAAACGUCAUUAGUAAAGCGUUGAAAUCGAAAGAUCCAGCGAUGCAAAGCUUGGGAAACCAGUCAAAAGCGAUUUUUUUCUAUAGCACACCGCAUACCGGCUCAAAAACCGCCAUUUUGAAUCAGACUACUUCGUAUUUAGUAUGGCCAUCAAUGGAUGUACAAGAAUUACGUGAAGAUUCACCGAAUUUGCGUCGAAUUCACAAUGAAUUCCUUGAUUAUUUACAUAGAAUACCAAUUCGAAUCUUCUCUUUUGUCGAAAAUAAACCUACGAUUGUUUCAGCGCUUAAGUUGAACAUAGAAGUCGUUGAAAAACGAUCGGGGAAUCCUGGAGUAGGUGAAUACUACGAAAUACCAUUGAAUCAUCUUGGAAUUUGCAAGCCUACGAAUCGGCAAUCGUUUUUAUACCAAAAAGUCCUUCAAGAAAUCCGUAAAGAAGUCGCAGAAGAAAAAGAAAUAUACAACAAGCAUUAUCUGUAAUUAUAUUCAUUGUAUAUGCAAUUUGUUGUUAGUAAAAUGAGUAAAAAGAUUAA